GGAAAUUCCGGAUGGCGUCGUAAGAGAUAUCGUGUUUCAUGGAAAAAGAAAAACAGGAUUUCGUGUUUGUUUUACUAUUGAUACAUUUUUAUUCCAUACGAGGAAUAUUAAUUCAAUAAUUGCAGUGUGCAAUAUGAACAGCAUUCCGACAAUUAGUUCCAAAAAACAAAAUUGACCACAAUUGUUUACUUUCAGUUGAAAAUAAGCAUGAUAAUUGAUAUUUGUAUCAAAGAGGAUAUUGUUAGUUCAAAAGAGUGAAACAUUCCUAUGCAUUUAAAAUAUAAUUGUGAUUAACCAAAGAUAACAAUAUUGUUGCCAUAACUGUGUGUUGAAAGUUAAAAGUUCUCUUAUUCCGUGGAUAAUAAAUAAUUUGUGCCUUGAAAAGGAAAUAAAAAAUAUCAUAGAUUUGUUUGGAUCCUUUUAAGGGGCUUUUGGCAGACCCAGGCUGUGAUGUAAUGAACAAGUACGAAAUUGUUGGAGUUGUAGGCGAAGGUGCCUAUGGAGUUGUCUUGAAAUGUAAACACAAAGAAUCAGGAGAAUUGGUGGCAGUGAAGAAAUUCAAGGAUGGGGAAGAAAAUGACGAUGUUCGCCGGACGACCCUGCGUGAACUCAAGAUGCUACGGUCGCUCAAGCAGGAGAACAUCGUCGAGCUGCGGGAAGCAUUCAGACGAAAGGGCAAGCUCUACCUCGUCUUUGAAUAUGUAGAACGGAAUAUGCUGGAGGUUUUAGAGGAGCUGCCUAAUGGAGUAGCCCCCGAGAAGGUCCGCAGCUACACCUACCAGCUGUGCAAGGCCAUACAUUGGUGCCACAGUAAUGACAUCAUACACAGAGACAUCAAGCCAGAGAACCUGUUGAUCAGUAGCAGUGGUCUGUUGAAGCUGUGUGACUUUGGGUUUGCCCGGACCAUUAGUGGCGGGGUAAAUGGCAUGUACACAGACUAUGUGGCAACUCGAUGGUACAGAUCUCCUGAACUGCUUCUUGGUGCUCCCUAUGGUAAGGCAGUUGACAUCUGGUCUAUUGGCUGUAUCCUGGGAGAGUUGGCAGACGGUCAGCCACUCUUCCCUGGGGAGAGCGAAAUAGACCAACUUUAUGUCAUCCAGAAGAUUGUAGGACAGCUUCCACCUGACCAGAUGAACAUGUUCUAUAAUAAUGCUCGCUUCUCUGGAUUGAAGUUCCCGUCUGUUUCCAGACCCCAAACAAUAGAGAAACGCUACCAAGGCAUUCUCAGUAGUGUUAUGAUCGACUUCAUUUUGCAAUCAUUGAGACUCGAGCCAUCGGAACGUUUCACGAUCGAGGAAUGCCUGAACCAUGUGUCGUUCCAGACAGAACGGCUCCUGAAUCGUUCCAGUCUCGUCCCCGUCAAGCACAUAGACACACACACCUCCAGCAAGAAACGCAAAAAUGACUACAGCGACCAUGUCAAUAGUGAAAACUUGAAGAAUUUAACAGUUCGCUCAGGGAAGCAAAAAGGUUUGUUACCAGACCCUAAAGAUGAAAAAAGUGAGGAGAAAAUGGACACGUCUGAAAGUGAAAAGGAAGUUGGUAACCCUACGUCACAAAGCAAAUACGUGAAACAGGCCAAAAAUGCCUCGUCCAAAGCAAAUGCUGAAAAACAGGCUUUAAACGCAAUACGUGAAAAGAUAGAACUUGAAAGGGUGCAGGAAGAAAAAGUAAUUGCAGAUGGUGAAGAAACAUCUCGGAAGGAACGGACUAGAACCCCUGCUAGAUCGGGGGGUAGACGAUCACAAAAAAGUGCAAAUCGUAACCAGCCCCAAGUAGAUAGUGUUAGUUAUAAUGAUGAUAAAGAGGAUUCACGGCAGGGAAAGUCAUAUGUAGACAUGUCAAGUCGACAGCCAAACAACCAGUUUAAUUCCAAUUUUCCAGAUUUUAGGUCUGGGAAACUGGUGGAAAAUAAGCAUGACUUACACAAUGGUGAUCCAAUGGAUACUGACCAUAAUGGUGAAAUAGAAGAGCAUGACACAGAAAUGGAUAUUAAUAACAUUCCUAGUGAGUCUAAAUACAUUAAGCGUAAGCAUAGUUCGAAAGCAGUGACAGACAAUAAACAAAAGUUGAAAUCUAAGUCACCCGAGCCAAUUGUGCUUACACCAAGGGAGGCACAGACAGCAAGAACCAGUACAUACACUGUAAACAUUGAGGCUCCUGAUAACCACGAACUGGAAAAUGGCCAUAGCAAACUGUCAGAUAGUCCUCCGGAGAGGAAAAAGUUUUUGGACAAGACAUUACAAGAGGAGUUACAGCGGAUCAAGUCAAGCACGAUGCGACAGAAGAAGAACCAAGAGCAGCCACUGCAGAAGCAGGAGGUCUCCUUCAUGAGGACGAUAACAGAUCGCCUCUCUGAUGCUAAGAACAUAUAUAUCCCAAGCAAAAGGAAGACCCGACUCCAAAGAUUACAGAAUACGGAGGGUGGAAACAGCAAGUAUGGACGGGACCGAGGGGAGCGGGACAAUUAUGGCACAUACAACAAUCCCGCCGGCAAGGACACCCGAGCUCGCAGCAGAAAUCAGUACUAUGCAGAAGGGCCAGGGUUUGGACGUGAAUCCAGCUUUUUCAAUUCUGAUGGCUCUCGGCGAAUGUCGGUGGACGACGGCAGAAAAAGUUCAUAUCGUUCCUCAUCCGUGUGUUCGUUCACAAAUAACACAGAAAGUCGUCAAGGGUCCGCAACCUCUACGGAGUCUGGAGAAGACUUGGGUUUCCACAGGGAGCACGGGAACAUCAAUGUCGGAGGUCCCCCUGUCCAGGCGAGGUCGCACACAAAGUACGUGAACGUUCAGCCAUACUACAACGACAAUGAUAUGUACCACGCACGACAGCAGAACAUGAGGCAUGAACCAUCAUGGCAACAGGAAAGAAAUUCAGACUGGCAUGCAUCAGGGACAAUGUAUCAGCUUGCUAAGAAGAAAAAGAAGAAAAAAAUUGUACAGAUAUUGAUGGAUCGAGACAAUGAGAAUCUUGGUCGAGGAACGCCGUCCCGACAUUUCAUGGCCCCGUCCCGUGGUUCCCGGCUGGACUUUGAUGGUGACGAUGAGUUGAUUGAUGGGCAGGUGUCAGCACGGGAACCACUCCAGAUGGACAACAGGGAGAAAACACAGUUUGCUAAACAAACCAUGGCACUCCGGAAAAUGGCACAGACACCUGUAGAUAAGUCUGCAAGGUUACAGCCUAUCAACAAGUACAGUAGCAGUCGAUCAGGGAGCCAGACUGGGCAUUACUUCGCACCAGAGACAAUUUGGCCGUAUGAUCGGCAUGGCAAGCCAGUUGACCAUGACACCCGACAUGCGGGAUCCAUUGGUGGUGCGGAUGUUCGUUCAGGGUGGAUAUCCCGACCCCAGUCAGUGCUAGGCGAUGAUAAUGAUGUGUUUAUGCACACGCCAAGGGAUCCAGAGUUGAAACCAAUAAAAAGUGGGAAGAGUCGGACUGGCUUCCACGAUGUGAGAGGAAUGAGAGACGGCAACACCUGAAGAAUUAUUUUAUUUAUUUAUUGUUUUAAUUCUUUUAAACUGCCUGUUUUUGAUACCUAUGGGAGCAAAGAUCCUGUAGGUAUAUGUGCAUAUUCUUAAAUAAAUAAUUUAUAAGUACGGUAUCAUGAAGCAUUUUCUGUGAUUCAAAAGUUUUAAAUUUAUAGAUUUAUUUCCAUAAAAUUAUUACCGGUAAUGUUUUUUGUUUAACAUAUUGUUCAAAGGUCAGCCAAAUCCUACAUUUGUAUGCAUAUAUCAGGCUGUUAUUCCAUUUUCAUUAUGUGUUCAAAUUUAAGCUAUUUCACAAUGUACAAUACCAUGUGAUCAGGUUUGAUCAUGUGAUCGAUUCAAGUCAUGUGACUGUGUCAUGUGACUGCAAAAAAGAUUGCCAAAGACAUUGAUAUAAAUUUAAACUUAAGAAUUUUGUCUGUCCUUCGCUUCCGGGGUUUCAUUAUGCAAAAAUGAGUGUUUGUGUUUUCGUGUAAUACUCCAUGUAUGGUGGUAGUGUUUUGUUUUCACCGGGAUCGUUUCUGUUUAAUGGUUCGUGAACAGAGUUGUAAUUGAAUAAGGAAACAAGAAGCAGUUUCAAGUAAAGGUCUUUCAUCCUAAUUUGUUUGUACUCUUGUUUUUUAAUUAAUGAGAAGGAAUUCCAUUUCUAUUUUUAAUGGUACACAAAUUUGCUCCUUUUUCUUCUUUAUGAAUAUUUUUAUAUUCUUUUAAAAUGAAUAUCAUGUUAUAGAAAGACUAAAUGCAACUUAUCUAGAUAUGAAAUGGUAAAAUCCUUGAAAUGGAUCAUGAUGUUGAUAUUGUAAUAUUGUAUACUUGUAAAUAUACAUGAAUACUUUAGUGAGUCUCUGAAAAAAAGCAUACAUCUUGCCUUGUUUUCGAAUGAUAUUGCUGAUACUUGUAACUUGAUGUAAAAUGUAGAAUUUUAGAGAAAAACAUGAUUAACUGUCUAGUAUAAACUAGAAAUACUCAAGUCAAUUAAAGUAUUAUGAUAUGAUUGUAUAACAGUCAAAUAGAAACAUCUAGGAUCAUAUGAUAGUGCAGAACACUUCAAAUAUGGGCAGAGAAGAUUUCCUCCAUUUGAUAAUUACACACAAGACAAUGAAAUUGAAGCACUUUAUUCUUUCUGUAACUUCCUUAAAAAUUUUGAACUUGGCCUCAAUAUCACUAAAAUAUUUAAGUUAUUUCCCAAUCUUAAUCUCAACCAAAAAAAAAUCGGAUAAAAAAAUGGAAAGAUUUUAAAAUUAUUUUUUACUUUUCUUAAAUGCACAUUCUCGUAUGUAAGUAUGUUAAUAAACAUGAAUGCCCACCUUUCUUAAGGACAUUAAUCCCAGAGCAAAAAAAAUAAAUAAAAGCCAUGACUCAAAAAUAAUAAAUUGGCCUCACUUGUUUUUUUUUCCAUAUUUUAUGGCUUUAUUUGGGUAUCAUAAACUUACUUUCGCUUUAGAGGACUGAUAAAUACUAAUACAUAAAAAGAUUUGAACCAACCACUGUAGAAUACUUUCCAUUAUAUUCAAGAUUUGAAUUAUUUUCUUUAAUAAUGGAGACAUAACAUAAAUAUUUUUGUUAUAUUAGGGCCUGAAAACUUUCACCUUAAAAAGCUAAGUUUAGUAAUCUUUAAAUCAUGAGUCUACUAUUCAGUUGAAUUUUGCGAAGGGCAUGCUUUUGAGAUUAAUUUAAAGUACAAUUAAGUAUUUACUAUAGUAUUUAUUCAAUGUAUAGAUAGAUUCAUAAUUCCAUUACAUUCGUAACACAUUGUUGAGACAAAAAAAAAACCCUAAGGUAUAUAAUUAAAAGUAUAAAUUGUUUGAUCUCAGCUUUUAGAAUUAUUCUUAUUUAGUCUUUGUGCCAAGUUGUGUGAUUUUAAGAAGUUAAGCAUUGUACAACUGAUGUUAAAAGAUGAAGUUGAAUUAUAUACUUACAUUUAAUAUUUCAUUUCUAGCCUUAUUGAAGAUGGUCAGUCUAUAAUUGUUAGCUUGUUUUUUUUUUCGAAUAAAACAAGUUGAUGUAUUGUCAUAGCCUUCGUAUCAUCAUUGUGCAGAAAUCUUCAAACUUGACCAUAACUCAAAUGUUUUGGAAGAUACUAACAUGAAACUUAAUACAAAUGUUCACGAUGAAAGUUUGCACCUUUUCUGUCCCAUGAUCAGCUGAGAAAAACAAGACGAGUGUCAACAUCCCCUAGUGGCGCUCUUCUUAUCAAAUGUGUUUAUCCGUAUAACCUUUCGAUUACAGAUUGUUAAGUGUUUUUGUUUUGUGUUGUGUCAUAAAAUGUACCUCAUUCCAUGUACCUUUAUGUAGAUAAUUUUUAAAUUAAUCACAAAUUUACAAUACACUUGUGCCAUCAUAUUUUAUGGCUAAAAAUAAAUUUUCCAAAAUUAAA